GAACCCAAAGCGGCGAUAAGCAGCAGAAGAGCUAUAAAGAAGGUGAAUCAUAAGAUAAUUAGACAGUUGUCUGGGAAAUUUGUAAACGAUUGACGGCUUAUCAGUUCUUUUGCGUUCGCGAAGAGAUGUCGAAACGUACACAACCCACGUGGCACAAACCUGAGAAGGUGGAGCGCCCAACAUUGAAGCUUUACAAUAGUUUAACGCGACAAAAAGAGGAAUUCGUGCCCAUCGACAGCAACAAUGUCCGGUGGUAUAGUUGCGGGCCAACUGUGUACGAUGCCUCCCACAUGGGGCACGCCAGAUCCUACAUUUCCUUCGACAUCCUGCGACGUGUUCUAAGUGAUUAUUUCGGUUACAACGUUCAGUAUGUAAUGAACAUCACCGACAUCGACGAUAAGAUCAUCAAACGGGCCCGACAGAAUUAUCUUUACGACGAAUACGUGAAAAGUGUGAAGUCGCUGGAGCAACUUUUGUCUGAUCAAAAGGAAGUGUUCGGUGCUUUCAAUGCAACUAUUACGAAAAACACGGACCCGGAUAAGAAGGUGAUGCUGGAUCGAAUGCUGGAGAGGAUGACGAAAGCGGUCGAUGGCCUUACGAAAGCUGUGGAGUCGAAGCAGCCAGCGGAGAUCGAGAAAGCUCAGAACAACUAUUUGAGUGAAGCGAAAGAUGCAAUUUCGGACUGGCUGGACAGAAAGCGAGGAGCGACCGUGAAUGAGAAUUCGAUAUUCGAGUCACUGCCACGAUAUUGGGAGGAUGAGUUCCACAAGGAUAUGAGCGCGCUGAACAUUCUACCUCCAGACGUUCUAACACGAGUAAGCGAAUACGUCCCUCAAAUCGUUAAAUUUAUCGAAAAAAUCAUAUCAAAUGGUUUAGCCUACGAAGCGAACGGGUCAGUAUAUUUCGACGUAAAUGGUUUCGAUAAUCGUGAAAUGCAUCAAUACGCCAAGUUGGUUCCGGAAGCAUAUGGUGACAUGAAAUCCCUGCACGAAGGCGAAGGUGACCUGUCCGUUGCUGAAGAUCGCCUCUCAGAGAAAAAAUCAGCCAACGACUUUGCCCUUUGGAAAGCAAGUAAAGCGGGUGAACCUUGGUGGGAUAGUCCUUGGGGACGUGGUCGUCCAGGAUGGCAUAUCGAAUGUUCCGCCAUGGCUUCAGAUAUAUGCGGCACAAACUUGGAUAUUCACACGGGUGGUGUCGAUUUAAAGUUUCCGCAUCACGACAACGAGUUGGCUCAGUCCGAGGCGUACUUUAAUAGUGCAGAUUGGGUGAAAUACUUCCUUCAUACGGGGCACUUAACAAUCGCCGGAUGUAAGAUGUCGAAGUCGUUGAAGAAUUUCAUAACGAUACAACAAGCUCUGAAGAAGCAUACGGCGACACAGUUAAGGCUGGCGUUCUUGCUGCAUUCGUGGAAGGAUACGUUGGAUUAUUCGGACAACACGAUGGAAAUGGCUGUGCAGUAUGAAAAGUUUUUGAAUGAAUUUUUCUUAAACGUUAAAGACUUAACUAGACAAGUAACGAGUGAGAAACCGAGUAAGCAAUUCGAUGCAUGGAAUAAGGCUGAACAUGAGCUGCAGAUUAAGUUUAAUACUACAAAGGAUGAUGUGCAUACAGCUCUCUGUGAUAAUAUUGAUACUCGAUCCGCCUUGGACUCCCUACGCGACCUGGUGUCAGCCAGUAACAUCUACAUCCGCGACAAUAGAUCUUCAUAUAAUAGUCUACUUCUACGUAAAGUCGCUACAUACAUAACUGACAUGCUCCAUAUUUUCGGCGCAAUUAGCGGUCCUCGAGGUGGAAUUGGUUUCCCAGUUGGUGGAUCAGCAUCAGGUGGUGCUAAUCUAGAAGAAACGGUUUUGCCUUACGUAACUGCCUUAGCUGAGUUCCGCAAUCAAGUCCGGGAGCAGGCGAAGGUCUUGAAAGCAUUUGAUAUUCUCAAAUUAUGCGAUGAAUUACGAGAUGAUAUUCUUCCAAAUCUGGGCGUUCGGUUGGAGGAUAAGGAAGGUGGUGCUUCAGCUGUGAAGUUAGUUGAUCGUGAAACAUUGCUUAAGGAAAGAGAAGCGGCUAAGGCACUACAAGCAGAAAAAGCCGCGGAGAAGGAACGGAAGAAAGCUGAAGCUGCUGCCGCGCAAGCAGCGAAAGAGGCACAGAAGCGAAUCGAUCCGAAAGUGAUGUUCUUGAGUGAGACCGAUAAGUAUUCGAAAUUUGAUGAAAAUGGGCUUCCUACUCACGAUGUCGAGGGCAAAGAAAUUAGUAAAGGUCAAUUGAAGAAAUUGCAGAAGUUGCAGCAGGCACAGGAAGUGAAAUACAAACAAUACUUGGCGUCUGUUAAUGGCGCGUAACAGUGAUUCAAUUUGUAUUAUUUCAUAUUAUAUUUUUUAAAGUUACGAAAAAAACAAACAUUUUGUAUUUAUAAAAAAAAAGAAAAAUAAAAAGAGUGCCAGGCGAAA